AUGUUGUACUUCCUCCAUCAUUUUUUACUUUUCCCCCCUCAUCGUUUUUACUUUCUCCCCUCUCAUCGUUUUUACUUUCUCCCCCUCUCAUCGUUUUUACUUUCUCCCCCUCAUCGUUUUUACUUUCUCCCCCUCAUCGUUUUUACUUUUCCCCCCUCUCAUCGUUUUUACUUUUCCCCCUCUCAUCGUUUUUUUUUUUUUCCCCCUCAUCGUUUUUACUUUUCUCCCCUCUCAUCGUUUUUACUUUUUCUCCCCUCAUCGUUUUUACUUUUUCUCCCCUCAUCGUUUUUACUUUUUUCCCCCCUCAUCGUUUUUAUUUUUCCCCCCUCAUCGUUUUUACUUUUUUUCCCCUCAUCGUUUUUACUUUUUCCCCCCUCAUCGUUUUUACUUUUUUUCCCCCCUCAUCGUUUUUACUUUUCCCCCCCUCCCCUCAUUUUUUCAUCGUUUUUUUUUUCCCCCCCUAAUCGUUUUUUACUUUUCCCCUGCCUAAUCCUUUUUUUACUUUUUCCCCUCAUUUUGUACUUUUGUUAA